AUGAAAACAAAAUUUUUUAUGGUUUAUCAGGUGUUUAGCACCUAUGGUGGAAGGGAAAAACUUCCAUUUUUAAAAAAAUUGUCGUAUGAUUUUUAUAUAAGAAGCAAAAAAAAAAGUUCGUCCGUUGAAAAAAGCUAUGAAGAAGCUAUUUCGAUAAAUAAAAAGAUAGUCAAGUUAUAUAAUGACAGUAUAUAUAAUAAUCAAAGCUAUAUAUUAAUAUUAAAAGGAUUAAUGAAUAUAUUGUUAAAAAUAAAAGAAAAAAAAAAAAAAAUUAUGGUAAACGAUAUAAUUAAAUCUUUUGUUUCGUACUUCACGCAACAUAUACCUUUUAUGAAUGAACAAGACGUAACGUUGUUGCUAGAUAUUAAAGGAAAGUGUAAUAUUCAUAAUAAAAAAAUAAGUGAAUCUAUAAUUAGCCGUUUAAAUAAAAAUGAGAAAAAUACUUUAUUUUAUAGUUUAAAUUGUAAAAGUGUAUGUAUUAUUUUAAAUAACCUGUACAAAAUGAAUGAUGUGAUAUAUGAAAAAAAGAUAAUCGAUGAUAUUUAUUAUUUUUAUAUUUUUAAAAAAUAUUCAAAUUUUACCUUAAAGCAGUCUAUUAUCUUGUUACACUCUUUGAACAAAUACAGUUAUGAAAAGAGUAAAAUUAUUGAUUUUUUAAAUUAUAUUUCACUCGAGGUUUUGAAGGCAUUUAGGGGUGGAAAUCAUGCCCAGGCCAAAAAUGGUGUAAAUAAUGGAGUAUAUAAUGGUGUAUAUAACAGUGUAAAUAAUGGUGUAGAAAAUAAUUUCAAGUAUAGCACCAGGAAUAAUGUUAAGUGUGAUAACAUAAAAGACGUCCGAAAAAUAGAAAAAAUGUACGAAGGUUUUUUACACUACGAGGAGUGUAAUGCCAUUAAAGCAAAGCACGAUUCGUUCAAAGCAUCUGAGAUUACUACUACUGAUAAGAGGAGGUCUGUUCCUCUUAGCAGUGGUGAAGACGGCAGGGGAGGCUUCUCCCCCUUCGAUGAAAAGGAGAAAUUCGAGUUAAUAUUUUUUUACACUCUCAGCUGCUACAAUUAUUGCAAUAAUAGCAUUAUACAUUUACUAGGUAGAGAGAUAAAAAAAAAAUUAUUUUCCUUAUACAAGGAAAAAGAAAUAUGCAUGUUUAUAAAUAGUGUGUGUAACUUCUUCGCUUUUCGAAAAACAAAAAAUUUUGAAAAACAUGGUUUUAAAGAAGAGGAGUAUAUAAAUGAAGAGAAUAAAAAAUUUACUUAUCAUUUAAUUCAUAUUCUUCUGAAGGAUAAUAAAGAAUUGCUCGAAAAUUACUCGCAUUUUGGUUUAAUAUCAAUUUACAUUUUUCUGUCAAAAUUAAAUUAUUUUUAUGAUCACAAACACGAGGAAGCGUUCUUUUUAACCAAGCUAUUUCUUAACGAUGUGGAAGGAGUGAAGGAAGUUGAAGUAAUGGAAGAAAGCGAAGUAAUGGAAGAAAGCGAAGUAAUGGAAGAAAGCGAAGUAAUGGAAGAAAUUGAAGUGAUAGAAGAAGAUGUAAAUGAAGAAGUUGACGAAAAUGGCGAAGAAGAAAAAAAAAAAGGGGAAUUUUUUUUUUUUUGUGGAAAAAGCGAUUUAACUGCUAAAACGUUGAUAAACCUUUUAUUUUCCUUUACACUGAACUGUAAGAUGAAUGCUCCUGUUUAUGAUACUAUAUUAAGACAGUUACAUGUCUUAUUAAAUGACCACUUACAUUUAAAUAAAACCAAACAGCUACAUUUAAACGAAAAGGAUGGGAGAGAAAAAGACGAAAUAAAUAAACUGGUGCAAUUCUUAACUGUGCAGAAUAUUCAGUUACUCUGUAUUAUAUACACCUAUCUUUUUGUAUAUAAUAUAUUAUUUAAGCUAGAAAUACAAAAUUUACGUCUCUUUUUAUUUUUUAUAAAUAACUUCCAUUACCUAAGUUCAAUGUACUUAAGUCAGCACGUAUCGUCAAAGAUUCACAAGGAAAUUAAUGCCACAAUCUUUUCCAUAAGAAGGAAAAGAGAUGAAAAUGAGAUCACAGAUGGAAGGAAAAAACGAUUUCUUCUUACCAAUGAAUGUUUCAUUUUUCCAUACUACGUAGAUAUAUAUUUGAAAGAGAUUUAG